AUGAGCACACGUGGAACGCACAGCGAUCCAGCGCUUGCUGGUCUCAUUGAGGAUUUGCAACGCUUGUGCGAGGAUCAGGACAGCGCUGAUGUUGUCUUUAUAUGUGGCCGUGACGAUGAGAAGAUCUACGCACAUCGCUGUAUACUUAUGGCGCGCUGUAAGAGCUUUAAGACCGCUAAGCGCGGCGAGGUUUGUCGAAUUCCCAUACCAGGGUGCACUGUUUCGCCAGCAGCGCCAGGAGCAGCGACACCCACUGUAAUUCGUUUGCCCCACAUAAAUGCCGAAUUAUUUCGUCAGUUUAUUCUUUAUGUCUACACGGCCAAGCUUAUGCUGCAGGACUAUCGCGUUUUUGAAAUGCUUACACUAGCCCAGGACAUGGGAGUGCUUGAGCUACGCGCUGCUUGUGAGGAUCAUGUAAUUUCUACACUAUCUGUUGAUAAUGCCUGCACAUUUCUAACAGCUGUCAUGGAUAUUCACGAAAAAGCGGGUGCGAAGUGUGCAGCAUCGUUUAUGGAACGCUGCAUUGUAUAUAUAGGUGAAAAUGCCGGCGAGUGUGUGAAGACAAAUUCAUUUCUGACGCUUACUAAGGAUGCACUCAUCAAAAUUAUAUCCUCAGACUAUUUUUGCUUGGAAGAGGAAGAAGUCUGGCGUUGUGUAUUGGCCUGGGCCAAGUAUCAAGCCGGAGUAACACAACCCACUGCUCACUGGACGGAGGAGGAACGCGCACGCGUCUGCCAACACUUAAGCGGCGUUAUGGGUCACGUGCGCUUGCUGCUCAUCGAUAGCCAAGUGUUUGCCGAAGAAGUAGAGCCCACAGGCGCUGUACCCAUGGAAUUGUCGCUGGAACGCUAUCGCUAUGCAGCGCUGCAUCCCAAUAAGCUGGUGGACAAUGACAAGCGUCUGCAGCCGCGUUUAACAGUCAACAUGUUUCCGGGCUCGCAGAUCUUGCGCAACGACAAACUUGCCUUGCAGGGCAUACUCAACAGCUGGUAUGGCGUGCCCAAGCAGAGCUGGCGUUUGGUCUAUCGCGCUUCAACACAUGGCUACAGCUCCAGUGCGUUUCAUCGCUACUGCGAUGGUGUGGCGCCCUGCAUGGUGAUUGCACUAGGUGCGCAUGGUGAAAUAAGCGGCGGCUUCACUGAUGUAGCCUGGGCAAAGACCAGCCGCAAGGGUGGCUAUGUGCACUCGGAGCGCGCGUUUCUCUUUAUGCUAAAUCCAGCGAAUGGCGAGCAGCCUGUCAAGUUUGAUAUUGUAAAGAAACCUGAUCAGAAGACUAUGAAAAAGAUGAUAGUUUCCUAUUACAUUCCUGGCGCAUUCUACGACGGUCGCAUUGCCCGCAUCUGCGUCUUCGCCACACAAGCUCACAACAAUCCGAUACUGCCGAGCAAUGGCCAAGCGCCGAAUGUGCCCAGCAAAGUGAAGUAUGAUCGUUACUAA